GCGUCGUCAGGGAUUCUUUUACCAUUCAAAGAGUUCCGAUUGCAGUCAUUGUCCAAGCGACAGAGGUCAUUCUCCAAAGAUCCUUCGAUCACAAUUUAUUUCAAACCUUACCACUCUCCCUCUAGAUCUGGACCUCAUUUUCUGCCUUUCUUUGUGAUUGCAAACACCUACUUUUACUUUCUCAAGAAGGCAAAGUUUUAAUCCUUCCUUCGUUCAGCUAGCUAGCAAAGCUGAGAGCUGCAGCCAUCCAUCCACCAUGUCCACGUCCGGCAGCUUCCCCCUGGAAGGCUUCAAGCCCGGUUACAGCAGCAGCAACGACCAGAGCUUCAGUCAUUCCAUCAAUGGCAAGGACAACUUUCCAGAUGAUGUUUCGGAUAUUGAUGACACUGCGUCUGUGUUUUCCUACACGACCAACUCGACCAUGACGACGACUUACUCGGAAGGCCACACCAGCAUUAAGCGUAAGGAGUACGUCGAUCCCAAGGUGGCCGUGAAGGAGCAGCGCUGGGUCAUGUGGGCCAAACUGGCCGUGGCUGCCGUCUUGCUCACCGCAAUGGCCGCCAUGGCCACGGGCACCCUCAUGGUCAUCAAGAAAGGCGAAUACCAGGAUUUUGUGGUGCAGUUCAGGAACUACGCGUCGCAGAUCGUUGCCGUGUCAGAAGAGAAUGCUGCCAAUACCUUUCGGAGCAUUGCCGGUCUCUCGGUGUCCAUUACGUCCUAUACCGAGUCCACCGGAAUGAAAUGGCCGCUUGUCACGCUGCCCCAUUUUGAUGCAAGAGCCAGUGCUGCAGAAAGCCUGAGUGGCGUCCGCUUGCUCGCAUUUGCCCCCGUCGUCACCAAGAACGACAAACCCAAGUGGGAAAAGCACGUUGCCAAGAAUGCUCGCAAGACCUUUCAAGAAAGCAUUGAUUACCAAAAGAUGAACGUUUCAGAUGUCAACGCGCUCUACUUGUGGCCUUAUAUGUAUCAGGGAAACCUCAAGACCUUCCAAUUCAAUCGAGAAGAGGGAGAGGGCCCCUAUCUACCAAUGUGGCAACUCUCUCGGUGGCGUCCAGAGCUAUCGGGAAUGAUCAACUACAAUCUCAAUGAUGAGAUGCGAGUCAAAAAGGCAUUUGCUACAACCACCAUCACUAAAGGGCCAUCGUUAAACUUCUUUGUCAUUACGGGCACUGCAGACUCCAUCUUGGUUCAGCCCAUCUUUGACACUGUCAUGGAAAACGGAAAGAAAGAGAAAAAGAUUGUUGGAAUCCUGUGGUGUCUGAUUGAUUGGUUGGCCUACUUUAACAACAUUGUGGCGGACAAGGAUGCAGAGAUGAUUGCCGUGGUCAAGAGCACCGACAAUGAUGCUGCUACCUACCAGAUCAAUGGACUCAAAGCCAAGUUCCUCGGUGAAGGAGACCUACACGACCACAAGUACAACCACUUGGAGGUCUCAUCUGAGUUUGCCAAGCUUGAGAUUGACGAAUCCAUCAAGUUGCCAAAUCAUCUCAAAGUGCCCUCCUUGUCGGUUCAUUUGUAUCCCACAGAUUCUCUCCGAAAGAACUAUGAAACGUACAAUGCCUAUUACUACACUGCCGGAGUCAUUGCGAUCUUUAUGUUCACCAGUACCAUCUUUGGCAUCUUCGACUUUACCGUUCGAAGGCAACAGGCCAAGGUCAUGGAACGAGUCAUCCGACAGGACAAGAUCGUCUCAAACCUAUUCCCUCAGCAGAUCCGUGACAGGCUGUACGGCGCAGAGGACGAAGACGAAGACGAGGAGGAGAAUGAAGAAAAGAAGGCCAAGACUGUUCAAAAUGGUUUCCCUGACGUUCUCGAUCCCAACGACUUUGACAAUCCGGAAAUGUUCGAUCAGCCUCCUAUUGCUGACUUGUUCCCCAGUGCUACCGUCUUCUUUGCUGACAUUGCGGGCUUUACGGCUUGGAGUAGUCAACGGGAACCUCCACAAGUGUUUAUGCUUUUGGAGAGUUUGUAUGGCGCAUUUGACAAGAUCGCAUACAAGCACGGCAUCUUCAAGGUGGAAACAACGGGAGACUGCUACGUUGCUGUUUGUGGCCUUCCCGAGCCAAGAAAGAGGCACGCGACUGCUAUGGCAAGAUUCGCUAGAGAUUGUAUGGUCAAGUUCACUGAGAUGACCCAAAAACUCGAGAUCACCCUGGGCCCGGAUACCGGAGAUUUGCAAAUGAGAUGUGGUCUGCAUUCCGGUCAAGUCACCGCCGGUGUGCUGCGAGGAGAACGCAGUCGCUUCCAGCUCUUCGGCGAUACCGUAAACACAGCCAGUCGGAUGGAAACAACGAGUCUCCUCAGUCGCAUACAAAUCUCCAAUACUACUGCGGAAUUGUUGAAAAAGGAAGGCAAGUCAAAGUGGAUCACACGACGUUCUGAGAAGGUCAGCGUGAAGGGCAAGGGCAUGAUGCAGACCAGCUGGCUGAGGUUGAAGAAAGCUGUCAAGCCGGACCCUGAAGACGAAUUAGCCGGCAGCGAGGAAGCAGUUAACGAAAGACUCGAAGGUGUCCACGCAGGCGAUGAUGACGGCGAUGCCUCGGACGAUAGUGAAUGCCCUGCCGACUACGACAAUGAACUUCCUGAGAUGAAGAACCAACUGAACAAGGAGCAACGGCUGAUCGAAUGGAGUACCGAGGUGCUCAGCAAGCUACUUCAGCAGAUUGUGGCAUCUCGUCCCGAAGGCAAGCCUCCGAUCGAUCUUAGUGAUCUGGAAAAGAAUAUGGGCAAGAACAACAUCGCCCUCGAUGAAUUCAAGGAGAUUGUCAGCCUGCCCAAGAUUGGCCCGAGUGACAUGAAAUAUCGUCGGGACGCCAAUGAGAUUUUCCUUCCUCUGCACGUCGUGUCGCAGCUCCGGUGUUACAUCACAAAGGUGUCCGAAAUGUACUUGCGCAACCCCUUCCACAACUUCGAACAUGCCUGCCAUGUCUCGGCUAGUGUCCGAAAGAUGUUGACACGUAUUGUCAGCGAUAGCGGCCCAAUCGGUUCGGACGACGAUACAGAUCCAAAGGAGGAUGUUGGAUUGGUGGACCUCGCAGGCCAUUCUUUUGGCAUUACCAGUGAUCCGCUGACUCAGUUCGCUGUCAUUUUCUCUGCGCUCAUUCAUGAUGCCGAGCACCCUGGAGUCCCCAACACAACGCUGGUGGAAGAAAAGACACCAGAAGCCGAGAAGUACAAGAAGAGUGUUGCAGAACAAAACUCGAUCCACAAAGCAUGGGAUCUGUUGAUGACGGAUGAAUACAAGGAUCUCAGGCAGACAAUCUACUCCAACGAGGACGAGAUGCGAAGAUUCAGGCAGCUUUUAAUCAACGUCGUCCUUGCCACAGAUAUUUGCGACAAGGAACUGGGUGCACUCAGAAAGGCCAGGUGGGCCACCGCAUUCUCUGACGAACCCGUCGACUCCACUCUCGAGAUGGACGUUGAUCGUAAAGCAACUAUUGUGAUUGAGCACUUGAUCCAGGCCUCGGAUGUGUCCCACACAAUGCAACAUUGGCAAAUCUACCUUCACUGGAACGAACGUUUCUUCUUUGAGCUCUAUGGUGCCUACAAGACGGGAAGGGCGGCCAACGACCCUUCCAAAGGUUGGUAUAAAGGAGAGAUUGGGUUCUUUGAUUUCUACAUUAUUCCGCUUGCCAAGAAGCUAGACCGAUGCGGAGUGUUUGGUGUGUCUAGUGAUGAAUACCUGAACUACGCGCAGCUGAACAGAGACGAAUGGGAACGAGAAGGAGAGCAGGUAGUGGCAGAGUUCAAGGAGAAGUAUUAUACCAAGUUUCCUGAACACAAGAACCUCCGUUUGGAAGACCAAUCAAGCUGAGCGAUCGAUCGAGGCACUGAGAUAACUGCACACAAGAAAGAGCGCUGCUUUCAGCUCGCACCUUUGAGCAAUGUAUAUCAUGUAUUAAAAUUAAAAGCCAUCAUCUAUU